AUGGAACUUGGAAGGAGUAAUACCAAGAAAUACACUUUCAAAAGUCCUAACUUAAUAGAGUUGAAGAAGCUUGGUUCUAUGAUAGUUAGUCCAGAGGAUUUCAGAGCUCAGUAUGGAAGACUUAUGGGUAUCUUGAAGACCAAGGUUGAAGAUGGAGUUCUCAACACCCUAGUACAACUUUAUGAUCCACUCUACCAUUGCUUCACAUUUCCAGACUAUCAGCUUAUGCCUACUUUAGAAGAAUACUCUUAUUGGUUUGGUUUGCCAGUCUCUGACAAAUUACCAUUCAGUGGUUCAGAGAAGACCCUUACACCAACAUCUAUUGGAGAAGCACUUCACCUAGAAACGUUUGUUGUAAAGGCCAACUUCAUUAAAAAAGGAGGGAUUCUAGGUCUAACCUCUAGGUUCCUGAUGGAGAAAGCCUUUGUCUUUGUAGAAGCAGAUAGUAGAGAUGCCUUUGAAGCCAUUUUUGCUCUACUCAUUUAUGGAAUUAUGCUCUUCCGAAAUAUUGAUGACUUUGUGGAUGUUAAUGUUGUACGAAUCUUCUUAAUUGGUAACCCAGUAUCCAAAUUACUUGGAGAUACCUACCAUUCUAUCCAUCACAGGACUAAGAAAGGUGGUGGAACCAUUACUUGUUGUGUACCUCUCAUUUGUGGUGAAUUUACUCAUGUACCUCUCCUUGGUAUACAUGGGGGAAUUAACUAUAACCCCAUCCUUGCCAGACGCCAAUUAGGAUACCAUAUGGCAGAUAAACCCGAUAACCUUCUGUUGUCAGGUUUCUUUUACCUCAACGAAGAAGAGAGUUCCGGUCUGAAGGAUAAAAUCAUACAUGCUUGGCGCAACAUUCACAGGAAAGGAAAAGACCGAUUAGGAAGAAAGAAUUAUGUUACUUUUGAGCUCUACACCCAAUGGGUUUGUGCUAGAGCUAGUGAACUUAAGAUGCCAUAUGCUCUUGAUAAGACCUCAUUCCCUUAUGUUAUAACAUCAUCAUACACCAUUCCUAUUGAUAAUAUGAAAGAGUUUCAAGAAAUUUUGGCUAAGUUGAAAUUGGAAAGAGACACUUGGGAAGGCAAGUACCAUGUCUUGAAUGAUAAGAAGGUGAAGAUGGAGCAGCAGCUAAAGGAGAAGGAUGAUUUGAUUCAUAUUCUGGAACAACAGGCUGUGAAGAAACAGGAGGAACAAGAAGGUUUACUUAUCUCUAAAGUCCAACCAUUUCAUGAGUACUCCAACAUACCUCCCACCUCAGGUGCUUGGAAGGGAAUCAUCGACAAGCUUAUGGUCGAAAAUGCUCAGCUAAAGAGGCAGAAGAGGAAGCAUCAACUAACAGCAGGACCUUCUAUAGAUGAGAUUCCUUAG